GACAAAGUUCCCAAAAUGCUGCGAAGAGUCCUCGUCCAGCUGUCACUGAGCAGCAUGAAGUCUGCAAACCUGUGCAUAGGUCGCCCGGUCUUGCUUACCUCUGCCGACGGGCGACAGGAGGUCUGUACUGCUUGGCCCACCACAGGCUUUCCAGGUGGGAAAGUUGGGCUGAAUGAAACCACACAGAAGAACCUGAAGGUAAAUCCAGGUGAUGCCGUCACUGUGCAGCCUGUAACUGGUGCAGUCAUCCAGGCAGAGGAAGUCGAUGUAAAGUUGAGGGACAAAGAUGCCAUCGUUAAUGCUGAGGAAAUGUCUGCCUGUCUACUGAGAAACCUAGAUGGGAAAAUAGUUUUACCAGGAAACCUCUUGGCUUUCAGUUUCUAUGGCAAGCUUUGUAACAUGGUGGUGAUGAAAGUGAAAGGAACUGAUGGUGCAGAGCUGACUGCCCAGGAGAGUGCUGUUUCCAGUGAUAUGCAUGAGCCAGACCUUGAAAGAUCUGAUUUGGAGAUGAGUACGUUAGAUUUGUCCUUACAGCUUGGCAAGAUGGACAUUGAUGAUAAUCCAGAGGUUGCACCUAUGAGCACACCAAGCAAACCCAUGGAUCCAGGUUCACCAGUUACACCCAGUUCUGCUGUGGCAUCCAGUGGUCAAGACUCUGAUCAAGGAGAUAAAACCUGCAGCGAGGGAAAUGGUGCAGACCUCAGCAAGGAUUUGGAGUUGGCUGGGAAAGGAGGUAGUGAGAGACUCCCACUUCCUGGCAAAACUGGAGCAAUAAGCAGUACAGACAUUUUUUAUUUCAUUUCUUCCAGAACUAGAAUCAAUUUUAUUGAAACAAGGACCAAUGAAGCAGAAGAUGGUGAUUGUGAAUCCCGAGUCACCUAUGAUAUGAUAGGAGGUUUAAGCAGCCAGCUCAGAACCAUUAGAGAAACAAUUGAGCUGCCCUUGAAGCAAGCUGAACUGUUCAAGAGUUACGGAAUCCCUCCUCCUAGAGGAGUGCUCUUAUAUGGCCCUCCAGGUACCGGGAAGACUAUGAUUGCCAAAGCCAUUGCAAAUGAGGUUGGAGCUCACGUUACCGUUAUUAAUGGUCCUGAAAUAAUAAGCAAGUUUUAUGGGGAGUCUGAAUCAAGAUUACGUCAGAUAUUUGCUGAAGCUUCUUUGCGUUGCCCCUCCAUUAUAUUUAUAGAUGAGUUGGAUGCACUCUGUCCAAAGAGAGAAGGGGCUCAGAAUGAAGUUGAAAAGAGAGUUGUUGCUUCAUUGCUGACACUGAUGGAUGGCAUUGGCUCAGAAGGCAGCGAAGGGCAACUCUUGGUACUUGGGGCCACUAAUCGUCCUCAUGCACUGGAUGCAGCGCUGCGCAGACCUGGGCGUUUUGAUAAAGAGAUAGAAAUUGGAAUUCCUAAUGCCCGAGACCGUCUGGACAUACUCCAAAAGCUUCUCAAGAAAGUUCCCCAUUCGCUCACAGCAGCAGAACUGGCGCAACUGGCUGAUAGCACCCACGGUUAUGUGGGUGCAGACUUAGCAGCCUUGUGCAAAGAAGCAGGUUUGUACGCAUUGCAGAGAGCAGUGGGGAAAAGACCGAACCUAUUAGACAGCGAGGUGGCUGGGUCAGUGAUGAUUGCGUUCAAUGACUUCCUGCAGGGGAUGAAUGAUGUCAGGCCCAGCGCCAUGAGGGAGGUGGCAGUUGAUGUGCCAAAAGUAAGUUAUUUUUUACAAUACACUUAA